ACUUUUACAAUUUACUGAUCUAGAUCAAGAAGGUCAUGCGUGUGUGUUUGGUCAAAUUGUAUUUAGAGUCAAGAUUUACAAAUCAGAAAGCAUUCUAUGUCAGUUGGUUGCUCUGUAAAGCAACUUCUGAAGAGUCAUGAAGCUCUGGAAAGUUUGUUCGGCUGUGUUCAUAACCGCCGUUUUAUUCUCAGCUGUUCACAGCAGGCCAACUGUAACCAGACAAAGCGACGGUAAUGGACAGUAUGGCUACGAAUAUAAAGUAUCGCAUCCUGCAGGAAGUUCUCGAGUCCAUGUGAAUACCGGCCAAUCUUCCAAUAAACGCCAGUAUCCCCACCAUUUGGACACAAACUAUAGAAAUAAUCAUGUAGGAGGAUACAUUUCUCAUCCACAGCGUUUCUAUGGACCCCCAAGGAAAUCUUAUCAACCUGCCAGUUUUGAGAAACGUCCAGUCAAUUAUGAAAGAUCUCCUUAUGAUUCAGAAGAAAUUCAUGAUCCUCAACCAUUUUACCCUUCACCUUACGAUUCAGACGAGAAAAAUACCCCUAUUUACAAUGGUGAAAUAGGUUACAGUGAACCACAAAUAUCGAAAAUUCAUCACCCAUCUUAUAAUUCACCAGUUGGACAAGAGCACAUCGAUCUACCCAUCAGUCAAGAAUAUGUUGAUUCACCUAUUUCUGGUGAUUAUGUGGAAUCGCCGUAUCCUCCAAAAAAUAAUCUACCAGUUACGAAACAAUAUCCAGCGGUACUCCAGGAACAAAUUGAAACACCUAUCGUUCAAGAAUAUGUUAAUCCUCCUGCUAUUCAAGAGCACAUUAAUCCAAAAAUCGGUCAGGAACAUAUAGAACCUGCUAUUGUUCAAGAACCCAUCAAACCUUUAAUUACUCAAGAAAUUAUUGAUCCGAUUGUUGUGCAGGAACACGUUAAUCCACCUAUCACUCCAGAGCUGAUUAAACCCCCAUCCACUAAAACCGUUGUAAGCGCUCCCAUUGUUCAUGAACACAUUAAUCCACCAGCAGUUAAGGGUUAUCCACCUGCCACUAAAACCGUUGUCAGUGCUCCCAUUGUUCAAGAACACAUUAAUCCACCAGCAGUUAAGGGUUAUCCUCCACCAUCCACUAAAACCGUUGUAAGCGCUCCAAUUGUUCAGGAAUAUGUAAAUCCACCAGCAGUUAAGGGUUAUCCCCCUUCCACUAAAACCGCUGUGACUGCUCCUAUUGCUCAGGAACACAUUAAUCCGCCAGGAGUUAAGGGUUAUCCCCCAUCGACUAAAACCGUUGUCAGUGCUCCUAUUGUUCAAGAACACAUUAAUCCACCAGCAGUUAAAGGUUAUCCACCAUCGACUAAAACCAUUGUCAGUGCUCCUAUUGUUCAGGAACACAUUAAUCCACCAGCAGUUAAGGGUUAUCCCCCUUCCACUAAAACCGUUGUGGGUGCUCCUAUUGCUCAGGAACACAUUAAUCCGCCAGGAGUUAAGGGUUAUCCCCCAUCGACUAAAACCGUUGUCAGUGCUCCUAUUUUUCAAGAACACAUUCAUCCACCAGCAGUUAAAGGUUAUCCACCAUCGACUAAAACCAUUGUCAGUGCUCCUGUUGUUCAGGAACACAUUAAUCCACCAGCAGUUAAGGGUUAUCCCCCUUCCACUAAAACCGUUGUGGGUGCUCCUAUUGCUCAGGAACACAUUAAUCCACCAGCAGUUAAGGGUUAUCCACCUUCCACUAAAACCGUUGUCAGUGCUCCCAUUGUUCAAGAACACAUUAAUCCACCAGCAAUUAAGGGUUAUCCACCAUCCACUAAAACCGUUGUAAGCGCUCCCAUUGUUCAGGAACAUGUAAAUCCACCAGCAGUUAAGGGUUAUCCACCAUCCACUAAAACCGUUGUCAGUGCUCCUAUUGUUGAGAAACACAUUAAUCCACCAGCAGUUAAGGGUUAUCCACCUUCCACUAAAACCGUUAUCAACACUCCUAUUGCUCAAGAACAUAUUAAUCCACCAUUAGCCAAAGGAUAUGCCAAUGGGCCUAUCUCUCAAGAAUAUAAUGAAUCACCUUAUUCUACACAGCAUUCUGGUCCUUCUUCAGAAGUCUUGAGUUCUCAUGUUUCUGAACCAGUAUUUGAUGCAUCAAAUAGCGGCUCUGGUCCCACAGGUCCGAAAUACGUACUUAUUCCAAAUGGUCCUCCUCACAUUGUAGACACCCAUUCUACAGAGAUUAUCCAUCCCCCUCUGCCGAACAGUCAAGGAUCGGCAGUACCUCAUCCUUCUCCACUAGUUUCUCAUGGGUCAGGUCCUAAUCCACAUACUUCUAAUCCUUCGCCCUAUCCGCCAAUAUCCUCUGACGGCCCUGGUCCUAUAUCGCCUAUCUCUCAUUCCACAAGACUUCUGAUUCCAGAGCAGGGAUUCCCUAAAUAUCCUGAAACAGCAAACAGUUUGUCAUCUCCAGAAUCCAAUCCCCAUACCUCUUCUGGUCUGCCUCCUCCAUCGCAUGCCAUUCGCCUGGGAGUCCCUCCACCUGGUGACCAUAGCGCACCAUUAUCCCACCCCGAACCUUUGAUUGGUGGUCCUCCUCCACCACCAGUAUCUCACGCAUUCCGAUUAAAUUUGCCUUCACCUCCGGCACCUGUUGGGACAAAUAAUCAUCUUGUAGACUCUGGAAUUUCAUCUUUGCCUCUUGAAGGUUUACAUGGCCCAAGGGUGUCUCAUGCUGUUAGACUGAAUUGGCCUUCUGCUUCUGGUGAGAAAGAGUUGUCGAUUCCAAAAGUAGACUACUUUCCAUCCCCAGGUAUACAAGGAUCAUCUGACACGGACACACCUUUGCUAGCUCUGGAAUCAAAAUCUAAAUAAUGUUAAUCUGAUGUUUCUAAGAUACUAAUUUAUUGAAUUAUAAUUAUCUGGUCAAAAGUUCUACUGAAGAAUUUUGUUUUUCGUCUUUUAAAUAUUAGCAUAUAUAAUUAUUUUUAAUAUUUGAACUAAAAAUGCAUGAAGGUUUUUAUUUUCUUUUAUUUUCAGUGAUAUUUCGUCUUAUGAAAGAAUGUUGUUGUUUUUCUGCAUUAUCAUCGGUUUUUAUUUUAUAGCAUGUUUCGAAUUUUAUGAUUUUCUUAUUUUUCACAACGAUGAAAGUCAUUAAAAGAUUCCGAGGUAGAAUACGAUAUAUUCCUUUUUGAUUUAAAUUAUGUAAUACAAUUGAAAAAACUCUUUGAAAUAAUAAUAUUAUACUGAAAUUAUGUUAAAAUAUUUGAAAUUCUGAUUCUGAAGCAUCUUUAGUAAUUAUAAAGUCUCUCAGUGGAUUUUAUAGGUAAAAAGAAACGCAUUCAUAUGAAUUAAUAAAAAUUAAUAGGAAAUGGAUUUUUAUUUCAUGAUAUAUAUGCAUCGUAAUCUCGUUUUUUAUUAUAAUAUACUUUCCUAAUGAGAAAGAUUCGCAAUCUGAUAUUUUAAAAAGAAAAUGUAUUUUGAAUGACAUUGUAUACAUAUAUACACAUAAUAUUCUAAGCGACCAGCUUUCAAUUGUCUGUACUCUGUUAAAAAACAGCUUAGCUUUUUGACAAGAUUUAUUUAUUUGUUACUUAAUUUAUUUAUAUGUGCAUUUUGUAAAUAGCUAAGUAUUGUGGAAAUUGUGUUCACACUUUUUG